UUUCCCUCCCUCUCCCACUUUCCUGCUUUUCCUGGCUCUUCUUGUCUCAAAUUAAAAUCGGAUCUGGCCUCUCUGUAUGCUUAACUACCUCCCUACUCCCACUCAUUGAUUCUUCUCUUUCUUCUUACCUAGUUGAGAGGGUCCCAGGAGUCAAGUCAGAUAGCAGCUGGCCAAAAGCCAGGCGUCAUGGCAGCAGGAUCCCUCUUCAGAGCUCUGGUAUCUGCCAAAUGGGUUGCUGAGGCCUUGAAGACAUCCCAGCCUCUGCAGCUGCUCGAUGCCUCGUGGUACCUGCCCAAGAUGAAACGAGACCCUCGACAGGAGUUUGAAGAACGCCAUAUCCCCGGAGCAGCCUUCUUCGACAUUGACCUCUGCAGCGACCGGACGUCCCCCUACGACCAUAUGCUGCCCAAAGCUGCAGACUUUGCUGAGUAUGUUGGCAAGCUGGGGGUGAGUAACGGCACCCACGUGGUAGUGUAUGAUGCCAGUGACCAGGGCCUCUUCUCCGCUCCCCGAGUGUGGUGGAUGUUCAGGGUCUUUGGGCACAAGACUGUCUCACUACUGAAUGGAGGGUUAAGGAACUGGCAGCGGGAGGGGUACCCUCUGGGCUCUGGCAGGACCCGCCCUGUUCGAGCUGAGUUCCAGGCCACCCUCAACCCGAUGUUUGUGAAGACCUACGAAGACAUCAAGGAGAACAUCGACUCACGACAGUUCCAGGUUGUAGAUGCCCGUGCUGCAGGGCGCUUCAAGGGCAUUGAGCCAGAACCCCGGGAAGUUGGCAUCGAACCGGGACAUAUCCCUGGCACCGUGAACAUCCCCUUCACCGACUUCAUGACUGAGGAGGGCCUAGAGAAGAGCCCUGACGACAUCCAAAGACUAUUCGAGGAGAAGAAGGUGGAUCUCUCGAAGCCCCUGGUGGCCACUUGCGGCUCAGGCGUCACUGCCUGCCAUGUAGCCCUGGGUGCUUAUCUCUGUGGCGAGCCCGGUGUGUCCAUCUAUGAUGGAGCCUGGGUGGAGUGGUACAUGCGAGCCCGGCCUGAGGAUAUCAUCUCGGAGGGCAGAGGCAAGACCCUCUGAGUGAGGAGCACACAGGGGCCUCCCCUGAUCCUAAGCCACCAGGCCUUACCACCCCAGGAUGGGGGCAGUCCAACCUAGCAAUUUUUCCUCUUUUUUAACUAUGAUGGCCAAAUUUAAUUUUUUAUUCUCAAGGGGUAGCCUGGGUGGCACACCCCCUUUUUCUCCCUCUGGAAGGCCUUUGGUACAUCCUAAUUCUGAGACAAAACGGAAGGGCACAGAAAAUAUCUUUGGCAAUGGUGAAGGGAUCUGUUAGGGUCAAUUGAAGUGGGGAAUGGGGACAGAGGGGCUUACCUAGCGCUGAAUAUGGCCCUCUGAAAUUUAGCCUGGGUUGAUCACCAGACCUACCUCCUCCUAUCUUUUACUGCCAAUAAAGAUGAAGUGGUUAAUCUUUGUAUACAGCCA